AUGAACCAGAAUUUAUUUUUCUAUUCGUUAUUCGUGCUGCUAGUGUUGGUGACAGUUGAACAAUUGAGUUUCGUUGAUACGAGUGUUAAUUUAACCAAAUUUCACAGUCAACGUCAAAAACGCGGUUUAAUUUUCACAAAUGGUGGCACUUUGAAGUUGUCCAUAGGUCCAUCGAUGCCCGUACGUUUGGCUGAUCCAAUAGCAUUUCGUUCGUUAGUGUGUUCUUACAGCCUACAGGGUGGGCAUUAUAAAAUACCACCAGAACCUACAUAUCCAUGGGAUAAAUGGGAGGAUACUUUUGCAAGGUCACUCAAUCAAAUGAGAAGAAGAUUUGAAAAUUACGGUGAAUAUGAACAGGAUGAGUCAAGAGAAUUUCUUUAUAUGGUUUUGGAAAAAUAUAUGUCACGUAAUAAUGUCGAUGGAAGACAAUGUCUAUUAAGGGCAAUAUGUGAAAAUGCCCAAGUUCAUGAACAUAUAGGAGUAUUUGCAAAUGUUUUAGAUGUGGUAUUAACACCAGGCAAGGAAAAUCUGGAUAAUUCAUAUAGAAUGGCAUUACAAGCUGGACGUCAUGGAGCUGAUUGUAUAAAAUUAUUUAAUUCAUGUCCUAAAGGCUCCAGUCUAUUGGAUCAAUAUAUAGAUGAACUUUAAUGUUAAAGCUCAAAUGACAAGACUUACACACAUACAACAAAAAUAUGUAUAAAAAGGAAAAUGAAAAAAAUAAUAAAAUUAUUCAA